CUCAAUCUACUGCUGACAUCUAUGUCAACUAAAAUUAACUAUUUAUUCAAACUCAACUAAAAUCAUACGAUUCACGAAAAAACUGUAGUUUUGCCAUAAGUUUAUUUACAAUGUUGAUUAAUGAACUUCCAAAUGAUUGUUUGCUCACCAUUUUUGAUUAUAUGAAUAACUUGGAUGAUUUAAUAAACUGCUAUAAAGUGUGUAUCAAAUGGAGUCAUUUAAUUCUUAAGCGAACCAAAAAAGUUAAAUAUUUUAUAGAAGGUUAUCCGCAGAUGGAUCAUUGUGUUUAUCAUGAAGGAGAGGAACCGAUUGAUGGAACUUGUUUAAGCACAUUAUUUUCAAAUUUAAAAUUUGCUCAAAUCUGUUCACUUCAUAAAAAAGUAGAAUACAAAGAUAUUGCUGCAUUAGUCAGAAAUCAAGAAUCUUUGGAAGGAUUAAGAGCUUGCAAAUCAUUCGAACAUCCUGAUAAGCCCAAAAUAGUAUCCUUCGAUUUAUUUGAGCCAAGCAUGCAACAUAAUGGUUUCAGUAUAAAACAAUUGUGCAGUGUGUAUGAUUUAGCUAGUUUCCAAAAAUGCGCACAUUAUUUCCCAAAUCUUGAAAGAUUGCAUAUCUUAUGUGAAUCCCAAUACUACGAUGGUCCAGUAUUGGAAAAGCUUAAAAUACUUGAACUGUACUUAUGUAGUGGUGAUGGCUUGUUUAUAGUUCAUAGUUUCCAGGUCAUGGAUUCAUGUCCAAAUUUACAAAGUGCACAUAUUACCGUGAAUGAUCGCUUUUUUGUUGAUGAAACAAUAAAACUCCAAUAUUUACAAGAUUUAGUUAUAAGUACUUAUAAUGAUUGCGAGAACAGUUGGAAUGAUUUUGAAAGAUUGUUAAAGAAAUAUCCCAAUCUCAAGCAUCUUGCGUUAAGGAAGCUUUGGCAAAUAACAGAUGAACAUAUCGAGCAAUUGGUUCAUAUUUUACCCAAUUUAGUGCUACUUGAUGUUCGUAAUUGUUAUGGAGUCACUCAAAGAGCUGCUGAUUAUGUCCAAAGUCAUUGUAAAAGAUAUGGAAGAUCAAUCAAGUUUUACUUCAAGCCGGAUCAAAUCAAUCAAAUCCAAUCAGAUUGGCCUCAGUUGUCCACUAAAUUUGAAAGAAUUAGUCGAGGCUUUGAUUUCAUGAAACAUUGUUUUCUAAAAGAUUUUCUUCGCCUUCCACAUUUAUUGAUUCCUAUUGAUUAUUGAAAACCACAUACUUAUUUGUACAAGCCCAAUCGAAGAGCUUGGAAUUAGUCUCUAAACUUCAAUCACUUUAUUUCGCCAUCUAUUUUUUAGUGUAUAAAAUCGAUUGUCUAAUUUAAAGAGAUGUCUUUGUCAAUGAAUUAGAACUUUAUAUGAAAUUAAAGACCCAUAGAUAACUUU